UGGAGUCUGAGACUGACAAAAUAGACAGGGCCCUUCCUCCCAACAAAAAAGAUUCUGCCGCCACACUCUACCCCUAGUGCCCAGCUGCAUAGUGCUGAUCCUCUUCAUAGGAAAGAGUGGACCUGGUCAUCUACAUAGACUCUGUUCGCCAUGGACCCUGUCACAGUUCUUCUGUCCGCUGUGGUCAUCAUAUACUUGGCCUAUGUUUAUAACAAUCAGAAACAACACAAGUACAAGAAUUUCCCCCCGGGACCAACGCCUUUGCCGAUCAUUGGGAAUAUGCACAUGAUUGACAUGGCAAAGCCUCAGAACACAUUUGUAGAGAUGGCUAAGACGUACGGCCCAGUAUUCAGCGUCCAGUUCGGCAUGUCAAAGACGGUCAUCCUAUGGGGUUAUGAUGCUAUUAAGGAUGCUCUAAUCAACCAUGCUGAGGAAUUUUCGGACAGGCCGCACGUCCCCAUCAUUGCUAAAACAAUGAAGAAUAAUGGUCUUGUCUUUGCUAAUGGUGAAAGCUGGAAAGUGAUGAGAAGAUUUGCACUUUCAACCUUACGAGAUUUCGGGAUGGGAAAGAAGGGCAUAGAAAACAAGAUCAUUGAAGAGGCCGAAUAUUUAUCAAAGAUAUUUAAAUCCUAUGGAGGAAAGCCCUUUAACAACAUGACCAUCAUGAAUGCUGCUGUAGCCAAUAUAAUUGUGUCCAUACUACUCAGCCGUAGAUUUGAAUAUGAUGAUCCAACCCUACUGCAGCUCAUGAGAUCGGUUAAUGAAAAUGUCAAACUCCUGGGAAGUCCUACGGUCCGACUGUAUAACAGUUUCCCAGCUGUGAUGGACAGGCUGCCGGGUGUUCAUAGGAUAAUGUUUGAGAACACUAGAAAGAUUCUGAACUUUAUCAGAGCGACAUUUAUGAAACAGAAGGAAGAACUGGAUGUGAAUGACCAGAGGAAUCUGAUUGAUGUGUUCCUGGCUAAGCAGCUGGAGGGGAAGCCAGAAUCCACUCUGUAUUACCACAACGACAACCUGACGGCAGUGGUCAGCAAUCUGUUUGGUGCUGGGAUGGAGACCACCUCCACCACUCUGAGAUGGGGCCUCCUGCUGAUGAUGAAAUAUCCAGAGAUCCAAAAAAAGGUGCAGAAUGAAAUAGAGAGAGUGAUCGGAUCAGCUCAGCUACAAACAGAGCAUAGGAAGCAAUUGCCGUACACCGAUGCCGUCAUCCAUGAAAUUCAGAGGUUUGGUGACAUUGCGCCUAAUAAUGUGCCACAUGCAACUACUCAGGACAUCACAUUCAGAGGCUAUUUCCUCCCAAAGGGGACCACUGUGAUGCCAAUACUGACUUCUGCACUGCAUGAUACUGCCUACUUUGAGAAACCAGAUGAGUUUUACCCAGAACAUUUCCUCACCUCAGAAGGACAAUUCAAGAAGAAUGAAGCAUUCAUACCGUUCUCAAUGGGUAAAAGAAGCUGUGCUGGAGAAAAUCUGGCUAAAAUGGAGCUGUUCCUGUUCUUCACGUCGCUGCUGCAGAACUUCACCUUCCAGGCUCCUCCCGGAGCAGAGCUGGACCUCACCCCUGCAGUGGGUUCUACUAAUGCCCCCAAACCGCAUGAGAUCUGUGCUAUACCUCGCUGCUAGAACAUGUUAUUAUAUAAACCAGAGGUUCUCAAACUUGGUCCUCAGGACCCCACACAGUGCAUUUUUUGCAGGUCUUCUCACAGAAUCGCAAGUGAAAUAAUUAGCUCCACCUGUGGACCUUUUAAAAUGUGUCAGUGAGUAAUAAAUACACCUGUGCACCUGCUGGGUUACCUGCAAACCAUGCACCGUGUGGGGUCCUAAGGACCGAGUUUGAGAACUUGUGAUAUAAACCAAUCUGAAAGUAUUGUGCAGUAUGUUGUGUAUGUAAGUAAUUGUAGCUUCAUCAUAUUUUCAGAGUUAAAUAUUACUUAUGUACUGUA